UUGCAGUAUGAAAACCUGAUUAUUUGGUGAAAUUGCUUGCAGACGGACUAUUAAGGGCUUUGCUGUAAAGAGUAAAUCUUAUAUUCGACAAACAAUGAUACGACUUAAUAACGAGUAAUACAACUGGAUGAUGUUGUUUUCAAAUCCUGAGAUAUAUUCGUAGUCCCAUUUCAUUAAAGGAAGAAAAACAAACUGCUAGCUAAUUUGUACCAAGCGAUGGUGUCACGAUUUUCCAUUCAUCCUUAAAAAUACCUCUGCAAUACCUCAGCGAGAGGUAAUCCCAAAUUCCACAAGUAGCUUUUGAGUGGUUGCUGUGCGUCUGGGGGUAUUGCCCAAAUAGUGAAUGCAUGGACUCAAAUUGGGUUGCUCAGAAGCCUCAAAUAUGACCUUUUUCGGGUUCUGUCUUGUUAUACUCUUAGUUGAUCCUACCAUGUGCUGUUUUCGGACCACAUCUUAUGCUUCAUUUUUCCAUUUUAAACUAGCGGGACUGCCGGAAGUCUUUGUUCCUCCAUAAUAAUUGUCAUUUAACUGGAAAUUUCUGUACUUUGUAAGUGUCCAUAAUCAAUGCGUAAGGACAUUAGUCAUCCAUCAUGCAGAUUAGAUAUGUCUUAGUGCUGCUACAACCUUAGUUAAUCUUAGGAUUGGAUCAAAAUGUCUAGUCUUCUACUCUUGGAGUCAUCAUCAAUCUUUCAAUUACUUACAGCAGCAAUAUUGCUGUCUCUUUUUGGCCUGUUCUGAUAGAUGGACUAAUGCAAAAGAAUCAAUGCCAAAAGGCAUUUGUUUUGCAGCUUGUGUGGCUCUCAUUUUUCUUAGCUUCAAGUGGUUCCAAUGCAAAACUGGUUUCUCAAUGCUGGUGUAGUCUAUAUAUUUGCCAUCCACCCCUUCCCCUCCCUGCCUUACUCCCCUACAUUGUCAGCCAACUCAAACAUUGAGCGAAAAUGUCUCGCCUUUUCUCUCUUAUCCUUGUCAUUGUCUUUGCUUCUGAAGCCGUUUCUGCUUUGGACUUUUGUGUCGCAGACCUGAAAGGCCCUCAAACCCCAGCCGGUUACACUUGCAAGAGCCCUGCAAAUGUGACCGUAGAUGACUUUGUUUUCUCAGGCCUAGCUAAAGCCGGGAACACAGCAAACUUGAUCAAAGCUGCUGUGACGCCUGCAUUUGAUGCUCAGUUUCCUGGUGUAAACGGCCUUGGCUUGUCCAUUGCGAGACUUGAUUUAGCCGUUGGUGGCGUAAUUCCAAUGCACACACACCCUGGUGCGAAUGAACUGUUGGUGGUGACUCAAGGGAAGAUUCUAGCCGGGUUCAUUUCUUCAGCAAAUUCGGUGUACUACAAGACCCUGAAUAAAGGAGAGGUGAUGCUUUUCCCCCAAGGGCUGCUGCAUUUCCAGAUCAAUGCUGCUGGUGUAACUUCAGUUGCUUUUGUGAGCUUCAGCAGCCCCAACCCUGGCCUUCAGAUUACCGAUUUCGCGUUUUUCGCGAAUGAUUUGCCCUCUAAGAUUGUCGAGACUACCACUUUUCUGGAUGAUGCUCAGGUGAAGAAGCUCAAAGGCGUCCUUGGAGGAACCAAUUAAAAGUUUUCACCUGACAUCGUCGUUUUUUAAUGGAAUUGUUGACCCAGAGAUUCGACAUCAUGACCUCAUGGUUACAGGACACCCAUAGUUCGCUUGUUUGGUUCCGUGUUUAAUUUUUGUUCUUUUCGCUGAUUAGUUUCUUUCUUCCCAACCAUUUUUCGUAAUUGUAUUUGUCGCAUUUCACUUAAAUCUUAAUAAUGGAAUUCCACUUCGUUCAUGUGUUAUUAAUUGUGUUUUUUUGCCCCCUUAAAUUAUUUGUUGGUAAGCUAAACAAUUACAAGUGGUAACUCCUCCUGUCCGAAACUAAGGGUUGCUCAUUCCUGAAUGGAUGGAAUGAGUGUGUUUUAGGUGAGAAAUUAUUAAUUUCAGUUUUCUUAUUGGACUAGAAAAAUUAUUAGGAAACGCGAGUUUGAAAUACGGGACAGAUUUAAUUAAAAACUUUCCA